UCUAACGGUGUUAACAUAGAAAAGUCCUCCAAAAUUUCCGUCAUGAAAGUUGAAAAUGAUGCAGCUAGGGAACCGAUACCAAAGUCACAUGAGAUUGAAUAUAGUGAAACAAAAUCGGAUGAAGGUGAGAAGACCAAAGAGAAGGUACAGCAGAUCAAGAAGAUUCUUGCAGAGGAUUCUGUUAACAUCAACAAACUGCAAGAGUUUGCCAUCAGUCCUGGGGGAUUUGUUACAAAUGAAAUAAGACAAGAGGCAUGGCCAAAAAUGGUUGGGAUAGAUUUGGAAAGCAUUCCACCAAAGCCAGAUGAGGAAACUUUACAUGGUCACAGAGACUAUAACCAGGUGGUGCUCGAUGUUAACAGGUCCUUAAAAAGAUUUCCUCCAGGUUUACGGGAGCGCCGACCCUAUUUUUUGACAAAACAAAAUAAGAAUAAAAGUCAGAUGUUGAAAAAUCUGGCGUAUCACAUGUACGAGAUUUGUUGUUUGUAUAUUAAAAUUGGACAACGAUCGAACUCAUGUGGGACUGUCAGAAAAAUACCACAAUUGAUAAAAAGGAAAGAAACCAAAGAAAUGGCAAAAUGGAAGAGCAAAAAUAUGGAUGAAAAUAUACGACUCGGUCUACAGGACCAGCUGGUUGAUCUCAUUAUGCGGGUACUAGUGCGACAUGAAGAACUUCACUACUACCAGGGUUACCAUGAUAUUUGUGUUACAUUCCUGCUGGUGGUUGGGGAGGAUGUUGCAUUUGCUCUGGUAGAUAAAUUAUCAAUGAAUCAUCUAAGAGAUUUUAUGGAUGCAGAUAUGGACAGGACCAAACACAUUCUUAACUACAUGUAUCCAUUAAUUGGUCGAGUUAAUCCUAAUCUUAGAGACUUUAUGGAGAGUAUAGCCUUCAAUAUCACUGGCUGGAACCCUUGGUAGCAUCAGGUUUUUCAC